AUCGAACUAAAAGCUAAUCAAUCUAGUGCGACUCCCUUCCUCCAUCUUCAUCUAGUGAACCUGCCCGUCCAUGAGCGCGGCUCCCAACAUCCAGAUGAUCGCUGCCUCGCUUAGGAGCUGCGAUCUAGGAAAGAAAACCGGAGGAGAGGCGGGGUCGCCGUCGCCGGUGAUGUCCUCGUCGCCUCCGGGUUCGCAUCUCUUGGAGGUCAGCGAUGAGAGCGCCGGAGAAGUAAGGGUGGAGCUCAUCUCAGAGACUGCGCUGCCGUGUCCCUGGGAGCAGUGCCUUGACAUGCGCACAGGGGAGGUUUACUACAUCAACUGGGAGACAGGAACGAGGAUCGCCACGGACCCGCGAACCACCGCUGUGUACUGCUACCAGUCCGGGAAAGCCCACGUGUCCUCCUCGAACGACAGCUGCACCGGAGUCGGCGAUGGCGAUGGGUACGAGAGCUGCGUCGAUACGGCCAACUCCUCAUGCGUCUCUUCCCUCUCCUCUUCGUCUCCCUCUGAUUCAUCUGUAACCGGCGAGUCCGGCAGAGGUCAAGUCCUCGUCGCCGCCGGCUGCCGGUCAUGCUUCAUGUACUUCAUGGUGCCGAAGAGCGUAGACGCCUGCCCCAAAUGCUGCGGCAACCUCCUCCACCUCGGCCGCGGCGGCAGCGUCUGAUCGAACUACUUCUCUUGUUCUUGUACUUUGGAUCGAUCCAAUGAGAAAAAGAUCAAACUUUUUUGAGCAAGAACGAUCUUUUUGCUUUUCAUGUCUGGUGUGAUCAACAUCAAUGUACACCAAGGAAGUGCUUGCUUAUGUGUUUUCUUCGACAUGUUCUUUAGGAUUUCAUUCCUCAUUGGUUUAAAGUGAUUGAUAGCAAAGUGAUGAUUCCUUUA